AUGAGUCAAGGGGAAAGUGGAAAACCUUGGUAUAGGGAGAACGACAGUCUAGAGCGGAACAGGAAGGCUAAGAAAGCUUACGAGGCCCUGAUGACGAUAUCUAUCAGGAAACCUACAAGCCUCGCCUACAGAAGUUUCUCAAACGAAGUUAAAAGUCAAGCUGAAUACGGUAGCUUCGGCGAGGAGGAGGUGAACAGUUUUGUGGGCGCCUUUCACGACUCCUUUAUACUAUAUGCUCUCGCCUUAAAGGAGACUUUCGCCAAUAACGGUUCUAUAAGUAACGGGACAGAAAUGAUUGAAAGGAUGACGAAUAGAUCAUUUCAAGGUAUUACCGGUACUGUUAGCAUUGACGUUAAUGGAGACAGAAGUUCCGAUUUUUCUCUUCUAGACUUGGACCCGGUGUCAGGAAAUUUUGAGGCAAGUAUAUCAAGCCUAAUAUGA